CGCGUGCGGCCGGCCCCGGCGCUGUGCGCGUGACGCAGCGUCCCGGCGCCGCUGCCAUGGAGGCGAGCGGCAGGGCCGCCUUCGUGCUCAGCAACCUGGCCGAGGUGGUGGAGCGCGUCCUCGGCUUCCUGCCCACCAAGGCGCUGCUGCGCGCCGCGUGCGUGUGCCGCCUCUGGAGGGAGUGCGCCCGGCGGACCCUGCGCACGCGGCAGCGCCUCGCCUGGGUGUCGGCGCUGGAGCCGGGGCCCGCCGACAGCCACGCGCUGGUGCGCGCGCUCGCCCGGGAGCUCGAGAAAGUGCACGUGCUGCCCCAAACCGUGCUCUACAUAGCGGAUGCAGAAACGUUCAGCGGCCACGAGGAAUGCCAUGACCAAAAGAAAGCCAGAAAAAGAAAUAGUAAAGAAACAGCAAUUGCACUUGAAAAACUGUUGCCAAAACGAUGUCAAGUUCUUGGACUGGUCACUCCAGGGAUUGUAGUUACCCCUAUGGGUUCAAGCAGCAAUCAACCUCAAGAAAUUGAAGAUGGUGAAGCUGGGUUUGCUCUGCUGUUUCCCAAAAUUGAUGGUGUAAAAAUACAAACCUUUCAUUUUCCUAAAGACUUGAAGAACAGGGUCUUCGAUGAAAGUAAAUUUGCUGAAGCAGGUCUGAAGAAUAAUCCAGAUCUCCGUGUGGUUCUUCUGUUUGGCUACAACUCUUGGAAGUCAGGAGCUACUCGAUUUCUUCAUCAAAUAGUCAAUCCUUUGAAUGAAAAAAGUAUCAUCCUAGCUGGGGGACAAGUGGAGAGCUUUACAUCGCUGACCUCUGAGAAUAAUAAUGCCCAGCCCAGCGAUGCCUGUGGUGUGGUUGGACUGGCUUUCAGUGGUCCUCAGAUCCAGAGCGCGACAGUUCUGUUAGACCAGGAUGUAGCUGAUGAGAGGACAGCAGAAGCCGCUAUGCAACGUCUCAAAGCAGCAAACAUCCCCGAGCGUAACACCAUUGGCUUCAUGUUUGCAUGUGUUGGCAGAGGAUAUCGGCAUUAUAAAACCAAAAGAAAUAUGGAAGCAGAUGCGUUUAGGAAGUUCUUUCCAAACGUUCCCCUCUUUGGCUUUUUUGGACAUGGCGAAAUAGGAUGUGAUCGAAUAGUUACUGGGAAUUUUGUGUUAAGAGAAUGUAAUGACGUAAAGGAUGACCUGCUUCAUGGUUAUACUACCGUAAUGACUCUUAUUCAUCUUGGUUCAACGAAAACAAACCAAGUGUAAAUAUGUUUUUAAUGCAUCAGUGACCUGUUUCUUUCAUUACAGAAAACAGAAAAGCCUGGCAGAGUGUACAUCUUGCAGUCAAAGCACCUUCCAAAGCAUAAACAACAUUCUCGUAAUAUUAUCCAGUCCUGUAGGUGGAAUAGAGUUUAUUAUAAUAGCUGUGGGAAAGCUUUGCAUUAUGUGUAAUCCCAUGUACACAUCAAAAUCGCAGGCAAAUGGUAUUUAAUGGAAUUCUGCAAUUGAAGAAAGACUCUUUUUUCUAAAAUGAGAAUGGUUUGCACAAAUGGCAGUUGGAGUCCAAGUAAUCAGCAUGUAGAAAUAAACAGUACUUUGAUGUGCUCUAUUUAUGUAUGCAAAACAGUCUGGAAAAACUACUGAUGGCGUUCUGAAAUACUGAUGCAUAAAAUCCACCAUUUCCUGGAUUUUAUUUUGAGAAAUGCACAACCUGCCCAGAUUUGAGUCCUAGUUACAACACUGAAUGGGUUUACUAGGUAAAAGGAAAAAAUAUCUUUAGAAAAAAAUAACAAGUGUUCAUUAAAUAAAAAUGAAAUUAUAUAGAAGAAGCAUCUGGCCUGUCAUUCUUAGAGGAAAAGUUCUGACUGAGUGAGAUGCUCUCAAGUUAAAAGCUCAACUUGUUUCACCAUCUUGAACUCAAUUUGGGUUGUCUUAAAUAUUUGGUUUAGAGUAGUAUCUGAUAGUUGGUACAUACGAGGAUUAGUCUUGGUGUAUAUCAGUUUUCACAGUCAAGAUGCACUAGUUACCCUUCCUUUUGGAUUCUCUUACAGUAUGAUGCUUGCUAUUACAAACUUUUAAAUCCAAAGCACAAAAUAUGAAGACAUCAUCUGGUAUCUUUAAGUUCCUUUAAAAAUUUAUUUGCUUUUUAAUUUGAAUUUAUGGGCCACACGAGAUCUGGCUAAGUUAUUUUUGUAUAGAGCCUUUAAGACUUGUGUUUCUGCAUGUUUUCCCAUGCUUUUGUGAGCUGAAGCUUUUACAUCAGUCACGUAUUUGGAGUGCUGCAGCUGGAAUGCUGUAUUGUGAUGUUCAAAUACGUACAUGCAGAAUAA